AUGAGUCUUGAGAUUCGCUCUGAACUUCGUAAGUUAGGGAGAAGUAGUCAGAGAAGGAAGUAUAGAGUUUUAGGGUUUCGAAUCCCGCAGUUUCUACAGGUUCAUCUGGGUAGCCGAACCCCGGCUAAUCCAGCCGUCCAUCCUUUCGAGGCUGCUGGCAAGAAUGAUCCUGUUAGUAACAUUAAGCGCAACUUCACCGAGAAGGUGAACCUUUUGUGUCCUGGUGAAUCUUCAGAAGGUGUCAUAUGGCAUCUCAACUAUGAAAAAAUUACUGACGGGAAACUAUUUCAUUUCAAUGGUCGCUAUGUCAAUUUUACUGUGGCAAAAGAAACAAUGGGGAUAUAUACAUGCUUUGAGGUUGCUAAUGAAACAACACCAGUGUAUUCAGAAGGAAUUUUAGCUAUUCAUGACAAUGACUGGGAUUAA